GCUCCGGCUGCAAGCGGCCGCCCUGCCCGCGCCCAGACCCGGACCCUCCGGGCUCCCCGCUCCGGACCCAGUACCUCGGCUCCCCGGGCCCGGACCGAGGCCACAAGAAACACCGCAGGGUGUGGGGCGGACCCAGGAGAUGAAAUGACAACGUCAACCCUCCAGAAAGCCAUUGAUUUGGUGACGAAAGCUACAGAAGAGGAUAAAGCCAAGAACUACGAGGAGGCACUUCGGCUCUACCAGCAUGCCGUGGAGUAUUUCCUACACGCCAUCAAGUAUGAGGCACACAGCGACAAGGCCAAGGAGAGCAUUCGCACCAAGUGCAUGCAGUACCUAGACCGGGCAGAGAAGCUGAAGGAUUAUCUACGAAACAAAGAGAAACAUGGCAAGAAGCCAGUCAAAGAGAACCAGAGUGAGGGCAAAGGCAGUGACAGUGACAGUGAAGGAGAUAAUCCAGAGAAAAAGAAAUUGCAAGAGCAACUGAUGGGUGCUGUUGUGAUGGAGAAGCCCAACAUUCGGUGGAAUGAUGUGGCGGGGCUAGAGGGGGCCAAGGAGGCCCUCAAAGAAGCUGUCAUUUUGCCAAUUAAGUUCCCACACUUGUUCACAGGCAAGCGCACCCCUUGGCGAGGGAUACUGCUCUUUGGACCCCCUGGCACAGGGAAAUCCUACUUGGCCAAAGCUGUAGCAACGGAGGCCAACAACUCUACCUUCUUCUCUGUGUCCUCCUCAGAUCUCAUGUCUAAGUGGUUGGGAGAGAGUGAGAAGCUGGUGAAGAACCUGUUUGAGCUGGCCAGGCAGCACAAGCCCUCCAUCAUCUUCAUUGAUGAGGUGGAUUCCCUCUGUGGAUCCCGAAAUGAAAAUGAGAGUGAAGCUGCUCGAAGGAUCAAAACCGAGUUCUUGGUCCAGAUGCAGGGGGUGGGGAAUAACAACGAUGGAACUCUGGUUCUCGGUGCCACAAACAUCCCGUGGGUACUGGAUUCAGCCAUUAGAAGGAGGUUUGAAAAGCGGAUUUACAUCCCAUUGCCGGAGGAAGCUGCCCGGGCCCAGAUGUUCCGGUUGCAUCUAGGAAGCACCCCCCAUAGCCUCACUGAUGCCAACAUCCAUGAGCUGGCCCGGAAGACAGAAGGCUACUCAGGUGCAGACAUCAGCAUCAUCGUGCGGGACUCUCUCAUGCAGCCUGUGAGGAAAGUACAGUCGGCCACACACUUCAAAAAGGUUUGUGGCCCUUCCCGCACCAAUCCUAGCGUUAUGAUCGAUGACCUCCUGACCCCCUGCUCACCAGGGGACCCGGGGGCUAUGGAGAUGACUUGGAUGGAUGUCCCUAGUGACAAACUCUUAGAGCCUGUGGUUUGCAUGUCGGACAUGCUCCGGUCUUUGGCCACCACCCGGCCCACUGUGAAUGCAGAUGACCUUCUGAAAGUGAAGAAGUUCUCAGAGGACUUUGGACAAGAGGGUUAA